AUGUAUAAAGAGUUCCGUGUCAACCUUAGCCACGCGCAGGCCUUAAAGGUUCUGCAUGGAAAACCUGUUCGAUUAACGCAUGCACAGCUCAAUGCUGGUCAUGCUCACUAUUUUGGGCCCGAGACCUACAAAAAGCUUGUGAAAGCAUAUGAAUCUGGCAAAGGAACUACCCUUCAUAUGCCUCACGGUGAAGUAUUAUGGACGCAUCAGUCUGGACUAGAUAUUUUGGAGUUAUGUGAUUGGCUAAAACUGUGCGGUGUGUUGCGUGAGAACUUUCCGCACGAAGAUGGCAGAGGUCGAGUUGGAGUGCGCGGUAUACGGCGAAGGGGCUGUGUUUCCCGUGAAGAUAGCGAGCAAUGCGAAAGUGAGCGCGCUGCAGGAGAAGAUCGCAAGUUGACGCUCUACUUGGCGCGGAAGAAGGGGGAAGCCACGUGGAUGAAGCACGACCACACGGUGAAAGGCUUCUUGCGAGGUGGCAUCAGCACCGAGUAUGAAGAGAUGCUUUCGUCGUGGAUUCUCGACGAAGAUUGCUUUGGGAAGAACUUUCAGCCUGGUCGCAAGGAGAUUCACGUGCUGGUGGAACUCCCAGAAGUUGCGGUUGAACCACCGAAGAAGAAGCAAAGAUUGGAGGGAAACCGGAUUGCAUUUGCAGGACCAUUGCAUCAGGAUGAGUGCGCCGUUCCGUUUGAUACAAUAGACGCUUUUCGACAGAUCAAGGAAGGCCUAUCAAGAAAAGAGGUCAUCGGCCACCCUUUGUUCCUGUUGUACGGUCCUCGUCAAUUUGGAAAAACAACAAUUUCGUAUCGCAUCAUGGACUGGAUUGCCAAGGGAACGUUCUGGAAUCGAUUGGGGAGGUGCAUUGAUAAUCGAAAUGCGGGCUGCGAUUACGAUUCGUUUAAGCAGUUGGUGGAGGAUUGCGCUACUCAAGACCGGAAGCAGUUGUGCCUGAUUGUGGAUGAAAUGGAUCAUCUCUUUUCCAACAAAGAGUUGGCUAUCAAGUUCCUGCUUGCACUUCGAAAGUGGAAAGCAGCAUCGUAUUUCCGUGGUUUCCUUGGGAUCGGAAGUCAUGAAUUGGUGCACCAUCACGAAAUCUUUCGUGAAAACGACAAGACAAGCCCUUUCAACGUUGGUAACAUGAUCAAGAUGGCGCCAUUUUCAGUGGAACAAAUGAGUGCGUUUUUCAAGCUUAUUGAUCCACGCUAUUCGUUUCCUCAGUCGCUUCAAUGUGGAAUUAUGAAGUAUUCCAGUGGAGCGCCCGGUGUAUUUGGAUCAUUGAUUCGAUUUACGGUUGACAAAGACAAGUGGACUCUGGAGUGGCGUGAAUGGGAACCGUGGUUCCAAAUGGGUGCAUUUUCCGGGUAUUUGACGCAGUACAACAACACCUAUUACCGCAUACAAGGCGAUCUGCGCAGCUUGACUGAGUUGGAGUGGGAGGCGCUCAAAUACAUACUUGAAGACAAUGGGAGUUUGACGGCUAGCACUGUCGAGGGGUACUGCGGCAUUGCAGUCAGGGGCGAUCAGCAAAGGCGACUCGUUGACCCAUUACUGAGAAUGGGGAUUGUGGUCCAAGAAGCAGUGGUGGAUUGGCCAUUGUAUCUGAGAUGA